UGGGACACCCAAAUAAUAACUAAUUUUAUUUGCUUUUGCCAUGCAAUGAGAAGAACGGUGCGGCUGCACACCACUGAACAAUGUCACCAUAACCUGACUGACAGUAUAUAGCUUAAUUUUGUAUCAGGUUACAUGCCUGGCAGUGUAAAAAGGAAAAACAUGAAGUAUUUUGUCAUUUGGGGUGGAUAUCUGUGACAGAUCGUGGGAGGAGGAGCAGCACUGAGUGAUUGAGUGUGGCAGGAGCUGAACACACAGCACAAGCAUCAGCCCUGUCAGGGCUCGCGUUGCGGAAAUUGACAGUUUUGGCCCCUCCGGCUCUCGGUAGGGGAGAUGGGAGAGAACAUGUCUAAGAGACUGAGGCUGCAGUUCGGCGGGGAGGCGGAAAUGGAAGAACGCUCGUUCGUCAACCCGUUCCCGGAUUACCGGCCGCCGCCGUCGUGUACCCCGGCGGCUGCCGAUCAGGAGGAGGAGGAGGGGGACGAGGAAGACUCCGGAGAGCAUGGAGAGCUGGAUCUGCCCUUUGAUAAGGAUGGCAAGGUACGUCCCGGUUUUUCAAGACGCGUCCAGACGAAAAUCAACGACUUGAUUCAGCAAAUGGAGGAAGGACUAAAAACAGCAGAUCCACAUGAUGGUUCUACUUACACAGGAUAUGCAGGCAUAGUCUUAUUGUACCUGCAGCUGUACCGCGUCACUCCGGAUCAAACCUAUUUGCAGCGUUCUCUUGAUUAUGUGAAAAGAGUUUUGAGGAACCUGAAUGGGAGAAGAGUCACUUUCCUCUGUGGGGAUGCUGGACCUCUUGCUGUUGGAGCUGUAGUCCACCACAAGCUGCAGAACCAGGCAGAAUCCAAGGACUGCAUUGCAAGAUUGCUACAGCUACACCGAGGAGUGGUGAGCACAGACUCCGAACUUUCAGAUGAGUUAUUGUAUGGCAGAGCUGGUUACCUGUAUGCAUUGCUUUACUUAAACUCUGAGAUUGGUCCAGAUACUGUACCUCAGGCUACAAUUAAAGAGCUUGUAGAUGUCAUUAUAGAAUCUGGGAAAACCUUAUCGAAUGAAGAGCACAAGAGUGACCGCUGUCCACUGCUGUAUCAAUGGCACAAGAAGCAGUAUGUAGGGGCAGCACAUGGGCUGGCUGGUAUCUACUACAUGCUGAUGCAACCCCUUGCAAAAGUAGAACAAGACACACUGACAGAGCUUGUGAAGCCAUGCAUCGAUUAUGUUCGGCACAAGAAGUUUAGGUCUGGUAAUUAUCCUUCAUCAUUAAGCAAUGAGACAGAUCGGCUGGUGCACUGGUGUCAUGGAGCUCCUGGAGUAAUACACAUGCUUAUUCAGGCCCAUAAGCUUUUCAAAGAUGAGAAGUACUUGAAAGAUGCCAUGGAGUGCAGUGAUGUCAUCUGGCAGAGAGGAUUAUUAAGGAAAGGAUAUGGCAUUUGUCAUGGAACCUCAGGGAAUGGAUAUGCAUUCCUGUCUUUGUAUCACCACACUCAGGAAAAGAAAUAUCUCUACAGAGCUUGCAAGUUUGCAGAGUGGUGUUUAGAUUAUGGGAAGCAUGGAUGCCGAAUUCCGGACAGACCUUACUCUCUCUUUGAAGGAAUGGCUGGCGCGAUUCAUUUCCUGUCAGACAUGUUGACACCAGAGACUUCACGCUUCCCUGCAUUUGAACUUUGAUUGGCUGGCAGGAGAAUUUGGAGUACAGUCUGUGCGUACAGUGAGGAGAUGUAGAAUUUCCAUCCGUCAUGUUCAGUGCCUCCACCACAUGCUGCCAGCUUUACCUUGUCACUACUUUUUACAGAGUGUUGUGGCAAUGUUUACUGAAUGUUUACUGAAGCUGUUGCUGCAGAAAAUGGGCUAUAUGAAAUAUUACAUUAUCUACCCUGUGAUCUUGUUGUUGCCGCAGACUGAAGAUGCUAAUUCAUUUGUUUUUAUGUG